AUGAAUGAUAAGCCGCGGCAGCCUUCGAUGAAGAACUCGGCGGUGAUGGCUACUAUUUUAGCGACAGUAACUGUAUCUUCAUGCCUCGUUGUCUUCCCUCUUCUUUUUACGCAUUUGCAAUCACUGGAAAGUCAAGCUCAAAGCGAAAUCGAUUUUUGUGAAAUGCGAAUUGGUGAAAUGUGGAGAGAACUUCUGGAUAUGCAAAUCGGUGAUGAUGAUGAAAGGAUCGCACGUUUAGCAAGAGCUGCUUCAACUUCCAGCAAACUUUCACAAGACAAAAAAAAGAACAAAAAGAAAGCAAAAGCGAAAAAAAUUGGCGAAGAGAAGAAUGUGUCAUUACCUGCAAAAAAAUUGGCUGAAGCAAAAGAAACACCCGUCAAUGAAAUGAAAGAGAAAUAUGAAGACCGACAAAGACGCCAGAGUAAUGGAUGUUGCACAUGUGCUCGAGGUCCACCUGGUCCACCAGGGUCACCAGGAACUGAUGGCGCAGAUGGGGUCGACGGAAUUAUUGGCGAUAUUGGACCACCUGGAGUUGAAGCACCCUUAAAUUAUGAUCCAGCAGCUAGAUUUCCACCGCAAUGUCCUUGCGAGUCACCUACAGGCCCACAGGGUCCUCCUGGACCUCGAGGACAACCUGGAACGUCCGGAGAACCUGGGCCAGCAGGUAACGACGGAGCACCGGGGGAAAGAGGCAGUCCUGGUCCUGUUGGCCUACCUGGUAAAAAUGGCAACGCUGGUAGUGCUGGUCCCCCUGGACAACCAGGCCGUGCAAAUCAGGGAGAAAUGGGACCUCCAGGUCCUCCUGGACCUCCAGGAAGACUUGGUAAUCAAGGACCACGAGGACGCCCAGGAGCACCUGGUAAUUUGGGUGAAAAUGGACGGCAAGGAGAAAAAGGCCAAAAUGGCAUGCCAGGGAAUCAGGGACAAGCAGGACCAAAUGGAGCAAUUGGUGCACCAGGUAAUGAUGGUCAACGAGGUCGAUGCGACCAGUGUCCUCCUCCCAGACUUGCACCUGGAUAUUAA